UGCAUCUCGCCAGCCUAUUGCGCCAGACAUGUUCAUUCCACCACAGAUUGCAUUCUGAUUGCAGGUGCAGCUUUCCAAGAUGAAGCCUUGUAUAAUUAUCUUCGGAAUCAGCGUCCUCGUCCUCGGCACGAGAGCAAAUGUGUUCGACCUGAGAAGUUGUGAAAAUAUGGUGCCAGCUGGCCUGACGGCGACCGAGCAGACCUCCCUACCACCCUACCGUGUGUCGGUAUCAACCACGGAGUAUGAAGAUGGCGUACCCGUUGAUGUGGUACUUUCGUCAACGGAUGCCUCGACCACAUUCACGGAGUUACUUCUACAAGCAAGAUGUCUCACCUGUGCAAACCUGACGGUGCCUGUUGGGACAUUCACCAUUCCUGCCGGCCAAUCCCCCAGUGAGAUACUCGGCUGUUUUGAGACAAUGGCAGUCAUUACAUCAUCAACCACAAAUCCCAAGACAAGUGUCACUUUCACAUGGACGCCGCCUGCUGGUUUCGCGGACGUCGUUAUCAUGCGAGCGACGUUUGUUCAAGAUAGCACACGGUGGUGGGGUAAUGUUGUUUCCCAGACAAUGAACGCCAAGUCAGUGCCGUUAGGAGCUGGUGGUUCCACACCCGCAGCCGCUAUACGUCCCCGGCCGACCAGCCCCGGGACGACCCGACCGCCAGCAACUACAUGUAGCACGUCAGCCUCGCCCUCCCCUGCCGCUACUGCACUAGGCCCGACACUGGGGCUCCUCACGUACUGUCGUCUUCUAUUCUAAAUACACGUAGCAUAUACUGAACAAAGCGAAGACCCAGCUGGAUCCAAAUUAGUUUCAAACAAGAAGAUAGGGUAGUGUCAUAUAUAAUAUAACUGACGUUUUACUGUCAUUUUAUAGUUUGUUUUCUUUCAGACAUCUUGAAGUACUGGCACCUGCUUGAUGCACUGAAUAUUAUGUACCUUUUUGGCAAUAAAUACAA